CACAAAACUGUAGUAAACUUAGCAAAACUGAUUGACAACAAAAAGAAAAAUUCUCGUUGUAUUGAACAAAAAAUGAAAAAGUAAAAAAUUUUAUUCCAUGCUCAAGUUUUAAUAGUAUAUUUAUAAUAACCAACAAUGUGGUAAAGGCAUUAUAUGUUUGAAUAUUUUUAGUCUAGUGCAUAAUGGAUGCAUCGGCAUCCAACAAAACGAAUCCCGAAAAUAAUUUAUAUGAUCUUUAUUUGAAAAUUGAAAAUCCCAUCUACUCGGCUCGAGUUCCAUAUAAUAAACCUGUAGUGAAAUAUACGCGCCUACCAGACUUCGAUCUCAACACUAAAGCAUUAUGGUCACCACAAUAUAUAUCUUUGGAACCAAGGUUACGUCGCAUCAUUACCAUUGAAGAGCCAAAAGAAACCACACAUAGGUCAUUGAGAUCCAAUGUUGCUACACCAGGUGUAAUGACGUCCAAAGUAUGCAAGAGAAAAAUAGUAACCAUUGAAGAAGAAAGUGAAACAAAUGUCUAUCCAAAAUUUUUACCUAGUAGCCGUCGAAGUGUCUCUAAAGCAGUAAAUAGAGCUACAGAGGUUGAAUUGGAGGAAACCACAAAGAGUGCUCAAAAUAUAACUAGACUAUCAUAUGUUAAAAAAUAUUCCAAGGACACAAAGUGUAGUGUUAAAUAUAAUAUGACCAAUAAUAAAAAAGAAACCACUCCCAAAUUUGAAAACAAGUAUAAGUAUUCAAGAGGGGAUAAUUCAGGGCAAAACACUACAAAAUACAAAGAAUUCAAUGACAAUGAAUCAACAAAAAGCGCUAAAAGUAUAAAAAGUGCUGGGUCAUCACCUAAAUUUAGCUUAAGUAAAAAGUUAUUAAACCCAAAGGAAAAUGAAAAGGAGUGUACUCCCAAGAAAAACAAAUUAAAAGAAUACAUCAACAUUAAGGCACCACCAAAAACUGUUUUGGAUAAGACAAAAAGAACUAAAUCUCCACCUAAUUUUAAUCGUAACAAAAUGUCUCUUAUCAAAGAUAUUAAAGACAAGGUUAGACCGGUUUCUGUAAUACAUGUGCCACUUGAUGAUCAUUUUCGCAAACGUGAUAUUGGAACUGAGGCUUCAGAGGUCAUCAUGAAUCAAGCUGUACAUUCUAUUAAUAAUGUCACUACAGCGGUUCAGGCAGUUCCAGAUGUGACAUUUAAGGAUGUAGAAAUUUCAACAAAUUUUACACCAGAGAAAGUGAAUCAAAUGACAUCUGUUGAUGAAGUGAUAAGCAAAUUAGGUAGUGAAUGUAAGGAUAUCAAAGAUACUUACGAUAGUCUUGAAAUACCAAAUGUAAGCUUAAUAAAUAGUAAAACUGACUCGUCCAAAGACCUAGACAUUGAAAAAAAAAUUAAUAAUAUACCGAACAGUUAUGUAAAAGAAGAAAAAGAACAUGAUACUGAUAUUGUUAGAACGCCUAAUAUUGAUAAUGCUUCUUCGAAUGUUAGCGAUAAAGAUAAAGACACUGUAUACCAUAAAAGUACAUCAUACAUUAUUGGCCGAGCUACCUUAACUUAUACAACAAGACAGAAAAUAAAUUUUCACCUAGUAGAAAAUAACGAAGUUUUGCACUCUAGGAUCUCACCACGUUCAUUAAAUUAUCCUUUGAACGUUGUUUCCGUACUGAAAAAGGAAAUAUCGAAUCAGAAAUACAAUAACGAUGACAAACUAAACUACAAUAGCCAAGAUAGUAAAUCUGACGAUGAAACAGAAACUCGUCUUACUCCUAUUAACCGUUCUUAUGCUCUCAAGAGUGAAAAAUUAGUAAAACCAUCAGAUAUAAUUAGUACAAUAAAACUUAAUAACAAUUUGUUACAUAGAGACCUCUGUGGACAGUUUCAACGAGAACUUAAUUUCAUUGAUUCAUUUUUCGAGUCUCUUCAGUAUUUAGAUAGCUGUUCCUUAUCUGAUAGAAGUAUAACAGAAAAAAAGGUUGAAAACUGGAUUAGCGGCGGUGCCAAUGAAGUGAAGAACUUUGAAUUUGGAUCAUUUUUGUCACAAUUCGAAAAUGAAUUUAAUAUUGACAACCCUAAAACAAUGGCGUCCGAGAGUCUUUGUCUGCUCAAUUUCCUCAUUCAAAAUGAGCAAAUUAAAGCAGAAUAUCUGUUGGAUGCUUUGAAAAUGCGUGAAGACGCUUUGAAACAUUUUACGAAGUCGCAAAUUUUGUGGUUGGAAGAUAAGAAAAAACAUGAUCACACCGACAUACCGACACUGAAAAAGAAACAAAGAGGUGCAAUCAUAAAACUUCAACACGAAUGUGGUGAAAUGCAGCGCAUGCGAAAGGCUCUGUUGGCGUUGUCGGAACAACGUAAACUGGCAUUGAAGAAAACAAAGAAGAACAUAGAACUUAAAUUAAGGAAUAGCUCUGAUGUGGAACAAAUUAUAUUGGGAAAAAAGAAAUUAAGACGUAAUGUUUCUACAGAUCGUAACAAUGCACCUCUUAAAUGUUUUGAAUUGUCUAGCAGCGGCUGCGAUGAUAGCACUACAUCGAGGCCCAAGUCAAACGCAUCCAUUGUACUGAACGACUUAAAGGCAGUGACGAGCGCCGAAAAGUGCGUUCAAACAGGUGAAAGCCUCCCCCUUACAUCAGACCAAUCAACGAACACCUUCGACGAGAAUUUUGUAGUUGUUGAUGGUAGCUACUUGAACAUCGUUUUCCAAAAUCUAUCACCUCAGAUCUUCAGCGCCGGUAAACAGUACGAAGUGAACAAGGACGCCCUGAAGAAUAUAGUCGAUAAAAGUAAUAUGCACAAUAUUAAUCAAAAUAACGAAGUAGCGCUUGAAGAGUUUAUGGAUCAUAUAAAGAAUCACGAGUUGGAAUCGAGUUCACCGUCCACUGCGAGAAGUUUAGUGGAUGAAUUCGACCAGAUUUACAAGACCUAUUCCGAUGAUGAUAUCUCAUACGAAGUCGGCCGUGCUCUUGUGGACGACAUCAAAGAGGUUCAAGUUUCACCUGAAGCUGGAAACAUCAAAAAUGAUGUUAAGACAUUGGCUGUUCCGAGUGGGGGAGUUGAUCGUUCAGUGUCCGUUGACGAAUGCUGUAGUUGUGAGCCAUUAGUAGCUAGUGUUGGGAUUCAGGUGUCCAAAGGCAAGGAAGUGGCUCAAACUAGUGUGACGGGACCAUUACCUAUACCAGCUGGUGCUGCUUCCACUGAUGAUGUAUCAUCUGAAGUAGCCACUUGGUUGACGCAGAGAUCAUCGGUGAAGUCCACCGGUGCGAGCAGUUCGAGUAGUCAAUCUCAUAAUCCUAGCAUUUCGUCAUUAUCAUCACCAGUUCAGUACGAGGCUGAAGAAUUACGUCGUCAACAACUAGCCAUUGAACGAGAGAUUAAAGCAUUAGAACAACAACAGUGUCAAUUGUUGGCGUUGCGUGAGAUACCGGACAAACCCCCACCACCGUACACGCCACCAACAGAACCACGACCGUUAAAAUCUCUAAACAAGUUCAUAGCUGAUGACAUCAAUGAACAGAAAAUACACAAGUUGCUUUUCCAACCUGGCAAGCAACUCGGCGAAACAGAUGUAUUUGAAGUAUUUGUCAAAGACUUCUGCCAAGAGUCCAUUGAAAGACAGAAGUUGGAUAGAAGCGACAAAUAUUGGGACACAUGCAAUAUGAUACCGGUUAAACCCAAGCCGGAUAAAGAGAAAUUAGUAAAGAAAGCUGCUGCUGACUUAAAAGAAGUCUUGUCGGAUGUACCACCUACCGUUGUUUCAGGUGUAGGAGCGAGGAGGUCAGACCACAUAGAUGAUAUAUUGUUUGCCGAGUGGCGACGUUGUGAACCAGAGUGGACUUCGUUGCACGCAGACGAAGUGAUUGUUAAAAAUCAGGUGUUUGAAAGCAUUUUUCAGAAGAUACUAUCAGAAACUGUCGACGAAUAUAAAAGAACUGUGCUCAGUAAACCAAGUGAUGGAUCUGUGCCAUGAAGUGUUAUUAUGUUAAGCCAUGAGUAAAAAAAAAACAAAUAAAAAAUAUAUCAACAUUUAUUAGCAUAUAUUAUAGGUAUAGUUAAAACAGCAUUGUCAAGUUCUAAGUUAUUUAUUUUGCAAUAGUAAUGUAAUGGAAAAUAUCACAUAGCUCUUACAUUUUACACUGACUAAAAGUUUCAUAAAUAUUAAGAGAAAAGAAAAUUUUGAUCUUAAAUCUACAUACAAUCAGUACAAUUUUUUACAAUUUCGUUGCCAGCAAACAUUGGUUAUCUAUGGAAGAGAUAAAAAUAUAAUACUAUAGAAAAAGGUAUUUAACAAAAUGUGUUUUUAUAAUGAACACUCUUAUAUAAACCACUCAUAGCCAUUAACACACAGAACAGUUAACUUCUUGAAACAAUACAAGUUGCAAGACUAGUGAAGUUGUAUUAUAAUAAACUAGAAAUUCAUCAGGACCUCAUAAAUAGUUCUGGCUCGAAGCAUUUAUAUGCACAUAAAAAAUAUGAGACAUUUAUCAUUGCCACUGAAAAUUACCUACUAUUUUCUAUGUAUGGACAUCGAAUCAACGAUUCAUUUUCAAGGUGAUUGUAUAAUUUUAUACUUAUAAAUCUCUUAUAAAUCUCAUAUAUAGUUUUGUAAUUCUAGUCGUCGGCCUUUAGAAUCGAUUCGAGAGGAUUGGGUCCUUUUCUUCUUGGAUUAGAUGGAACUUUUGUUGUUUCAGCUAAAACAGUAAGUAAUAUACACUAAGAACAAUAUAUUAAUGUAAAUAAAUUUGCAAUGUUCUAUCAAUAAAAGUAAUAAAUAUAUAAACUUUAAUGAUAAUGUUCCUUACUGGUAUGCCCGUGCGCUGCCUGUGUGACCUCCAAGCAGGCCAUCCAUUCUGUAAUACUAAUCUUGGAAUCAUGGUUUACGUCACAGUAACGAGGGAGUUUUCUUCCACAUCUUCUCAAUGGCUCCAUGUUUGAUAUCAGCUGGUGGAAAGCUUUCCACUCCCGUCUUUCCAAGGCUUUGUUUUUGUCUUUAUCUAACAUAACAUAGGUCCAAGUAGCUGCCUGCUCCUCCUUCGACGCCCCCCAUUUCACCACAUCUCUAUAGAAAGUGUUUUAUACUGUUAGAUCUCGACAUAUGUACUUAUUCUUAUAUUGUUAAACAAUAAGAUUUUAUAUGUUGAAUUGUUAAAUUAUUCCAAUGGUUUUUACAUAAUGUGCGAUAUUUAUUUUAUUGAAACGUUAUCUGCUCAUUGAAUUUACAAUGUUAGCCGCUUACAUGAUUGAUUCCUUUAUAUAAGUUAAGAAAUGGAAAUGAAUAGAGCAAAACGAUAUAUUGUUUUUGUUUAGGAAUAAUAAAAAAAUACUUAAUUUUUGGAGUAGUUACGAAAAAUUAUGUUAGUCUUAUAUUGUACUUAUGGAUAUUCUGUCGCUAGUUAGUCAAAUUAUUUAGAAACUUAUUUGUAUUGUGUUCUGUUAAUAUAAACCGAUACUUAAAUAUUUAAAUCAGUGUAAUAACAAUCCUCACCCUGGACCCGUGCCGUUGAUAGAAGUAGUCAUCUUUGAUAUGAAGAAACUUAUCAGGUCAUGGAGAAAAUGACUCUUCAUUGGUUCUGGGCAACCUAGUGUUAUGUGAAUAAAGAAUGUGUAGUUUUAUAUUAUACUGGUAUCAAAUACUUAAAAUAUUAAAGUCUGAUCAAGUAUUUAUUACAUUAGAUAGUUAUGAUUACACCUCCUGUAGUUUUCCUAUUGAAACCUGUGCAUUUUUGUUUUAGUGUUAUUUAUACUAUAUAAGUAGAAUCUACGUGUAGAUUUCUAGGAAAAUAUACUGUAUACAUUUUUAACUGUUAUAUUGUAAUUGUCCCAUAACUAUGUGGACUGUAUUUUAGUGCAAAAUGCAUGUAACAUGAAAGUGUAAUAAAUUCAUGUAAAAUUUUAAACAUUUAAUAUAGUUUUCAAACUCUAAAUCAAACAAGGUUUUAAAUUAUAGUUUUGAAGAAAACACAUUCUAAUAAAGUUUAAGACUCUUUCAACUAAAUUCUCAUAAUAUGUAGAUAAUUUUUGAAUAUUAAAUGUUUAAAUUUCUUAUUCUUAUAACCAUAGCAUGUUAUUUAAAUAUUUAACCGUUAAGACUUCGUUUGUGCAAAAAGUUAUAUAUGUAUUAUGUGUAAUUUAAUAGAUAGCUUGGAUCUAUAAAGUCAUUUUGUUCCUUA